UCAACCUCGCGCCAAUUACAGCCGCCUCGCGAUUUCAGCUGUCGCGAGGCUGUCUCUCAAGUCUCAAAACUUUCCUAAAGGUUCGUGGUUUGAAACACCGGGUUUCUGUCUGAAUCAUUUCGCUGCAAACUGCCGCUUUUCUCUCUGCACCCCUCUUGCUAUGCUGGCCUAGCAGUAUGUUCCUUCAUUCGCCAUGUCGAUUAUAGCCGCAUGAAAUAUCAUCGCUCUCCUCCGUUGUUUCCUGGGUGCAUUGUAACCUGUCGAUUCUACGCUUUAGGUUCUUGCUGACUGAUGAUGUCGCUUUUAUACAGAGAGUUCCCGCGGCUGAAACGCCAGACCUUCACCAUGUCUAAUAAUACAAGUACCGGCCCGGAUAUCUCGACGUCGACGGAUCCUGGGACACCAACUACCAGCGAUCCCGCCCCAGCUACGACCUCCUCGACGACGGCUCCAACGACAUCGUCCCCGGCUCCCCCCACGACCACUUCAACCCCGCCGCCGCCACCGCCAACAACAACAAGCAGCUCCUCUUCACCACCCCCUCCAACAACCACCGAAACAUCUCCCACUAGCAACCCUCCCCAGCAGACGUCCACCAGCACCCCUCCCCCGGAUGCGCCAUCAACGACCCUUAUCAUUAAGACACUAACCGAAUCUGUCCCCCCUGAUUCGACACGAGCAUCAUCGUCCACCACCACAGCGUCGCAAUCGUCGGGUGCCGCUAUUAGUCCUAGUGAAGGCGAAGGUGGAGGGUUGAGCGACAGUGGAAGGAUCGCCGUUGCCGUCGUGGUCCCCAUUGCCGCCGUUGCUCUGUUGGUUCUGGCGGGCAUUUUUCUGUGGCGCAAGCGGAAGCAGCGGAAGGAUGCCGAAGAGCAAAGGCGAAAGGAGGUUGAGGAUUAUGGCUACAACCCGAACGCCGACCCAACAAUACCCGCGGUCGCCGCUGGCGGCUUCGAAAUGAGGGAUGAGAGCUCGGCCGGCUACAGAGGCUGGGGUUCCACCACCGCCGCCGGCUCUACGGGGAGGAAGGCAUCGACGACCAUGUCGGGCGGCGCCGCCUAUUCGGAUGCUCAUUCACCCACACAGGCAGCCGUUUUUGACUCGAGAUCUGGGGAGCCCCUCAUAGGCGAUGUGCCUCCGUCACCCGAGGGCGGCAUUCUAGGGGUAAUGGGACCCUCGGCUGCCAACAACCGCGCCGGUGUGCACCGUGGGCCCUCCAACGCCUCAUCGUCAUACAGCGCGGCCAACCGAUCUGACGGAUCCGGCGAGGGUCCCAUCGGCGUCGCAUACGGGGGUCACGAGCAGUAUGACCCGUAUAGCAGCGGAAAUCCUUACACGGACGCCCCGUACAACGGCCCGCCGGAGGGGGUUGGCCAGCCGGUGAUUCGGGAUGUGACAGCAAGGAGGAACACUCGCAUCGAAAAUCCUGCGCAUUAUCCACAACAGACCGCCGGAAUCUCGCAAAACUUCUGA